AGAUCGAUCGCUCGCUCGCGUCCCACGGUGACUCUUCUUCUUCUUCCCCUCUCUCUCGUCUCUCCAGACCGUCAGCUACUCUGCCACAACGAAAAACCCUAAUCGCUUCCGGUUCGAUCGAUCAGCCGAUCAACCACCUCCUCCGCCACCUCCUUCCAUGUCGCGCUGCUCGAUUUCGCAGAUGGCUCUCUCUAGCGCUGCCGAAUAGAGCCCGAAUCCCUAUUUUCUAGAGAGAGAUGGAGGAGGCGAAAUCGUCGGCGCACCACCAGCAACAGCAGCAGCAACAACAGCAACUGCUGAUGCAACACCACCAGCAUCAGCAGCAACAGCAGCAGCAACAACAGCAGUUCCUGCUCCUCCAGCAGCUGCAGAAGCAGCAGCAGCAGGCGGCCGCCAUGUCACGGUUCCCGUCCAACAUCGACGUGCACCUCCGCCCUCCGGGGCUGCCCCACCGCCCGAUCCAGCAGAACCCUAGCGUCUCCGCCCCUAAUUUGCAGCACCAACAGCAACAGCAGCAACAACGGCAGCAGCAGCAGCAGCAGCAGCAACAACAGCAGGAGCAGCAGCAGCAACAGCAGCAGCAAUUGCAGCAGCAGCAGCAGAAAGUGAUUCGACCGGGGAAUCAGGUGGAAUUGCAGAUGGCGUACCAGGACGCCUGGCGUGUUUGUCACCCGGACUUCAAGCGCCCUUUCUCUUCUCUCGAGGACGCCUGCGAGAGGUUACUGCCUUACCAUGUGAUAGCGGAUUAUGAGGCCGAGGAAGACGAUAGAAUCCUCGAUUCUGACACAACAGGUCAGAUGCCUUCUCGUUCACAGCAAUGGGAUCAUAACAUUGCUGCCAAAGUAGCAGAGUUUACUUCGACAUUUGAGAAACAGGCCCUUGCUUUCAACAUAAUAACUCGGAAGCGAGCUUUUGGAGAGUUUCGCUCAGAGGAGAGGUUGAUGAUUGAGCAAUUUCUUUUUCAAGAGGAAAAACGGGCAAUGCUGGAAUUGAGGGCUGAAAUCGAGUCGAGAGAGAAGGCUGGGAGGGAGGCUCAUGAGGCCCAGUUGCGCAUGGCGGCGAUGGCACAGGCAGAGCAAGCUAGAGUUGGGUCACAGGCUCAUGUGGACAUGAUGGCUCGAGGCCCUAUAAGGGCAAAUGCUCGAGGAUCUCAAGACAAUGAUAUUCCUAUGAAUCACGACUUGGAGGAGCAGGAAAAGGGUGUUAACCCAGACGACAUGAUGAAUGGGUGGGCAAAUAAUGGACAGAAAGACGAUAAGGAGCCAUCUGAAGAUUUCUUAAACGAUGAGGAGACUGAAAAUGGUGAAACGGGCGUGCAGAGCGAUUGGCGUGAAGUUGGCGAAUUCGAUUUAAAUGCUAGAUAAACGUGGACGAGAAGGUCUUGUUGUAGCAUUCUUUUGCUGAUAUGAUGUAUUCUUGCAGGAAGAAUGCCUUGGUUGGUAAACGCGGCCAUUUCU